ACGAAUUCACGAAUGUUCCAGAACCUGAAGAAAAAUAAUAUUCAUUCAUUAUUAUUUUGGUGCAGUCCGUAAAUAAAAGCAAAACAACAAACAUUGAGUUGAAUCAUAGUGCUAUUCGAGCGUCAAGAAUUUGGAAUAUCAUCGUGUGAUUGUGCAUUAUAAGAUAAAAUUUUGAGUGAACUGUUCAAGUGUCCGAAUCUUUGCUAUUUAAAACCUAAAAUUAUUUUACAAUGGUCGACUAUAGCAAGUGGAAGAGUAUCGAAGUUUCCGAUGAUGAAGAUGAAACCCAUCCUAAUAUUGAUACACCAUCCUUGUUUCGUUGGCGACAUCAAGCUCGUAUUGAGCGUAUGGAAGAUAUAAAACGUGAACAAGAAGAAUUGGAAAUCAAGAAAAAAACUUUCAAAGAGAAAUAUGAAGAAACUAAAAGUAAGCUUUUGGCUGCUGAGGAAGAAGGAAAAAAUAAAAAAGAACUUGAAGAUGCUCUAAGCGCUUUAAGUGUCGAAGAACAAGAAUUAAAAAAACGAGAAGAAGAGUUUAAAACCAAGGAAAAGGUUAUGCCUUGGAAUGUUGAUACAAUAAGUAAACCGGGUUUUACAAAGACUAUUGUAAACACGCCUAAGCCAGUACCAAGUGAAGAAAAUUUGACUGAAGAAGAAAAAGCUAAACGAUUAGAAGUGUUUAUUAGUGAAAAUAAGAACAAAUUAAAAACAUUUGGUAUGUUUCAAAAAUAUAAAGACAGUCAAGAAUAUUUACAAAAGAAUCCUCAACUUGUAUGUGAAGAUACUGCAAAUUAUUUAGUUAUAUGGUGUAUUGAUUUACAAAUGGAAGGUAAAUCAGAUCUUAUGGAACAUGUUGCACAUCAAACAAUUUGUAUGCAAUAUAUUUUGGAACUAUCUCGGCAACUAAAUAUCGACCCAAGAGCUUGUGUACCUUCUUUCUUUUCAAGAAUUCAAUUGGCUGAAAAACAGUACAAAGAUUCAUUUAAUGAAGAACUUAUGAUGUUUAAAGAACGUAUUAGAAAGAGAGCGGAUGAAAAAAUACGCAUCGCUCAAGCUGAAAUAGAAGAAGAAGAAAGGCAGGCAAGGUUAGGACCGGGUGGUCUUGAUCCAGUUGAAGUUUUUGAGAGUCUUCCUGAUGAAUUGAAAAAAUGUUUUGAAUCACAAGAUAUUCAAUUACUACAAGAUACAAUUAAAAACAUGAACCAAGAAGAUGCAACUUAUUAUAUGAAACGUUGUGUAGAUUCUGGAUUGUGGGUUCCAGAUGCCAGUGCUGUGGACAAGAACAGUGCUGGUGAUUAUGAUAAGACACAAGAAGAAAACGUUUAUUCAGAAAUAAAUAAUUCAUAAAUAGCUCUUAUAUAAUCUUAUUCAUUAAUUAAUUUAUAAUUAUUAAA